CAUCUUUUGCAUUCUUUUUAAGCUAAACACCACAUUCACUCUAUUAUCAAAACUGAAAUUCUCUAAAUGAUUGAUUGAUUGCCUUAGAAAGCUGGUUCAGGCUUAAUUAAGAGUGCUUUUUAUUUUUUUCAAUGGCUGAGAUCAAUACUACUAGUAAAAGAAGCUCAAGCAGUUAUUAUUGGGAACAUAUUUAUAACUUUGUUGAUGAAGUGAAAAAGUUUCCAGAAUUGGUGAAGAGAGCAACAUGGAAAGUUGCCAAAGAGGAUCCAAGAAGGGUGAUUCAUGCUUUGAAAGUAGCCUUGGCCUUGACACUUAUUUCUCUCUUGUAUCUUUUGGAGCCAUUGUUCAAAGGCAUUGGAAAGAAUGCUAUGUGGGCUGUUAUGACUGUGGUUGUGGUUAUGGAGUUCACUGCUGGGGCAACAUUAUGCAAAGGACUUAAUAGAGGAUUAGGGACUAUUUUGGCAGGGUCCUUGGCAUUUCUUAUUGAGUAUAUUGCAGAUGUGUCUGUUAAGACUUAUAGAGCUGUUUUCAUUGGUGCCGCAGUUUUUCUUGUUGGGUAUGCAGCUACUUAUGUGAGGUUCAUCCCCUAUAUCAAGAAGAAUUAUGACUAUGGUGUUUUGAUAUUUCUCUUGACCUUUAAUUUGAUAACAGUAUCAAGUUACCGAGUAGAAAAUGUUUGGAGCAUUGCAAGAGAUCGUAUGUUAACCAUUGCAAUUGGGUGUGGUCUAUGCCUUGUGAUGAGUCUGUUGGUGUUUCCAAAUUGGUCAGGGGAAUACCUUCAUAAAUCCAUCAUAUCAAAGCUGGAAGGACUAGCCAACGCAAUCGAAGGGUGUGUCAAGGAAUAUUUUUGUGAGUCUGAGAUACAAUCAAGUGAAGAUGAUUCAUGUGAGGAUUCCAUUUACUUGGGUUACAAGGCAGUGUUAGAUUCCAAAGCUAGUGAAGAAACAUUGGCAUUACAAGCGAGCUGGGAGCCGAGAUGCUCGAGAUAUUUCCGGCGAAUCCCAUGGAAGCAAUAUACAAAAGUCGGCGUUGCUCUUCGCCACUUUAGUUACACUGUUGUAGCUCUACAUGGAUGUCUGCAGUCUGAAAUUCAGACACCAUGGUCAAUUCGAUCUCAAUACAAGGAACCUUGCAUGAAACUCACAGAACAAGUGUUCAAAAUACUAAGGGAACUGGCAAACAGCAUAAGGAACAAAAGAAAAUUCUGUCCUCAUAUACUCUCCAAUGAUCUCAAUGUAGCCUUAGAAGAUCUCAACAAUGCCUUGAAAUCCCAACCACAAUACUUUCGCGGCUCCAAGAUCAGCCGAACCUCCAAAAUGCAGCAUGAAGAAGAGUCUAGAGCCUCAUUUUCAGGUGUUAACAACAAUGAUUCUAGUGAAGAUCCAAAGGAAAGACAAAAGAAGGUUCUAAGGCCACAGCUGAGUAAGACUUUGAGUAUGAUCACUAGCUUUCAAUUCUCAGAAGCACUUCCUGUUGCUGCUUUCACUUCUUUGCUUUUGGAGAUGGUGGCAAAACUAGAUCAUGUGAUAAAUGAAGUUGAACAAUUGGGCAGAAUGUCACACUUUAGAGAGUUCAGAGUUGAAGAUGAGAUUGUUGUCACUUGUGAGAGACCAAAAGUGAAUUCAUCUUACACUGACAUGACUUCUUAUGGAGAAGACUAAUUACUGAGAAAGAUUUUGUUGAUAAAAUCAUACUCAAGAGUUUGACAACCUUGAUUGUAGUUGGGCAAAGUUGAAAGAGAGUAGGCUUAGUUUGUUAUAGCUUGCUUGUUUUGAUAGUAUUAGAUAUGUUAUGAUCAUGUCUCAACUAAA